AUGGACCGCAGACAGGCGCGUCGCGAGCUGUUUGAUGUGUUCGGAAUCGACUCCCGAGUCAACAUUGGCCUCGAACAGAUCACCCUGAAGCUGGAAGAGAAGCUCAACGCCCUCGACCAACUCCACAACGACAGUCAUGUGUUGUUGGACAGUCAGGAAUGCGGUCAAGCUCAAUGCCGCAUAUGCGAAGUGAGUUUUUAUAUUGCACUUGAGAUCAGAUGAAAAAGUUUGAAUUUUAAUCAAAAUUUAAAAGUUAUUCCAGGAAAAAUGGUCUCACUAGAAAGAAUAUAGUCUAUUCUUUCAAUUCAAACCGUUUUUCGCAAUUUUCCGAUCAAAAUUUAUAUUACACUAGAGGUCAGAUGGCUAAAAAUAGCCACUUUUUUCUCGGAAAUUUUUAAAUUCAAGUUUAAAUUGAUGAUUUAGUCUGGAUUAUCGAUGUUUUUAAUAUUUUUUUUUUCGUUUCCAGGCUCAAUCCCUUCUGAUCUCGGAGAUCCGAACCCUUCUCCACGAACUCCUGCGAUCUCAGGUCUCGGCCAGCGAACUCUCCUCCCUGUCGCCGCGACGUCUCAACUUCUGCCGCGCCCUCCUCACGCAGCCAUCGCCGAAGACCGCGAGGAAGCCGCGGAAAUUGUCCAAACCCGAAAUCCAAACGCACGAAUUGAUCUGGAUCAUGUAA